GAGCCUUUUCUUUUUCAUCUUCACUCUGCGCCAUUUCCAGACCCUCUCCACCUCUCGCCGCCUCUUUCCCGUUCAUCUUUACCUGUCUCUUCCCCUCUCCGCCGAUCUCUCGUCCGCCGCCGUUCGUCUUUGCCGUUGCGGCUUCUUCUUCGUCUGCCUUUCUUCUGCAAAACCCUAAUAUAUCCAGACCCUAGAUUGAAGCGGGUAAAUCUUAAGCUAGGACAAAAUGAGGAUUAUGAUAAAAGGUGGUGUUUGGAAGAACACGGAGGAUGAGAUCCUUAAAGCUGCGGUGAUGAAAUAUGGAAAAAACCAGUGGGCUCGAAUCUCGUCGCUUCUUGUUCGGAAAUCUGCUAAGCAGUGUAAGGCUCGAUGGUAUGAGUGGCUUGAUCCUUCCAUUAAAAAGACUGAGUGGACAAGAGAGGAGGAUGAGAAACUACUCCAUCUUGCUAAGCUCAUGCCAACCCAGUGGAGAACUAUUGCACCAAUUGUCGGGCGUACUCCAUCCCAGUGCCUUGAGCGGUAUGAGAAGCUUCUUGAUGCUGCUUGUGUUAAGGAUGAGAAUUACGAACCAGGAGAUGACCCAAGAAAAUUGCGCCCGGGAGAAAUUGACCCAAACCCAGAAUCAAAGCCUGCACGUCCUGAUCCUGUUGACAUGGAUGAAGAUGAAAAGGAAAUGCUUUCUGAAGCACGAGCAAGGUUAGCAAAUACUAGGGGAAAGAAGGCAAAAAGGAAAGCCAGAGAGAAACAACUUGAAGAGGCCAGGAGGCUUGCUUCACUACAAAAAAGAAGAGAGCUGAAAGCUGCAGGGAUUGAUACUCGACACCGGAAGAGAAAGAGAAAAGGAAUAGAUUACAAUGCUGAAAUUCCUUUUGAGAAGAGGCCUCCUCCAGGGUUUUUUGAUGUUGGUGAGGAAGAUAGACCAGUGGAACAACCCAAGUUUCCAACAACAAUUGAAGAACUUGAAGGCAAAAGAAGGAUUGACGUAGAAUCCCAAUUAAGAAAGCAAGAUAUUGCAAAGAAUAAAAUUGCUCAGAGGCAAGAUGCUCCAUCAGCUGUACUGCAAGCAAAUAAGCUGAAUGAUCCAGAGAUGGUGAGGAAAAGAUCUAAACUUAUGCUUCCUGCACCUCAAAUUGCAGACCAUGAAUUGGAGGAAAUUGCAAAGAUGGGAUAUGCCAGUGAUCUUCUUGCUGGUAAUGAAGUGCUUGCAGAAGGAAGUGGCGCUACACGAGCUCUGCUUGCAAAUUAUGCACAGACACCACGACAAGGAAUGACACCUUUUCGAACUCCCCAAAGGACACCGGCUGGGAAGGGUGAUGCUAUAAUGAUGGAGGCUGAAAACCUUGCUAGGCUGAGAGAAUCUCAAACUCCAUUAUUGGGAGGAGAGAACCCAGAGCUGCAUCCUUCAGAUUUUUCAGGGGUCACCCCAAGGAAAAAAGAGAUUCAAACACCGAAUCCCAUGCUAACACCCUCAGCAACUCCUGGUGGUGCUGGUCUCACACCUCGUAGUGGCAUGACACCAGCUAGGGAUGCUUACUCCUUUGGUGUGACUCCCAAAGGAACGCCUAUUAGAGAUGAGUUACAUAUCAAUGAAGACACGGACACACAUGAUAGUGCAAAACUAGAGUCUCAAAGACAAGCUGAUUUGAGGAGGAAUCUUAGCCUAGGAUUAGGCAAUCUUCCACAGCCUAAGAAUGAGUACCAGGUAGUUAUGCAACCAAUUCCAGAAGAUAAAGAAGAACCAGAGGAGAUGAUUGAAGAGGACAUGUCUGACAGGAUUGCUAGAGAACGAGCAGAGGAAGAGGCAAGGCAGCAGGCUUUGCUUAGGAAAAGAUCAAAAGUGCUACAGAGGGAGCUUCCUCGGCCUCCUACUGCUUCUUUGGAACUUAUUAGAAAUUCUUUGAUGAGAGCUGAUGGAGACAAGAGCUCAUUUGUUCCACCUACCCCUAUUGAGCAGGCUGAUGAAAUGAUAAGAAAGGAGCUUCUUGCUUUAUUAGAGCAUGAUAAUUUGAAGUACCCAAUCGAUGAAAAGGUCAGCAAGGAGAAAAAGAAAGGUUCCAAGCGCACAGGAAAUAGACCUGCUGUGGCCAUCCCUACCAUAGAUGAUUUUGAAGAAACUGAGAUGCAAGAGGCUGAUUAUUUGAUAAAGGAAGAGGCUCGGUAUCUGUGUGUUGCAAUGGGGCAUGAAAAUGAACCCUUAGAGGAAUUUGUGGAAGCUCACAAAACGUGCUUGAACGAUCUUAUGUAUUUCCCCACUAGGAGUGCAUAUGGACUUUCCAGCGUGGCUGGAAACCAUGAGAAACUAGCCGCCCUGCAGGAUGAAUUUGAGUAUGUUAAAAAGAAAAUGGAUGAUGAUACUGAGAAGGCUGUCCGGCUGGAGAAGAAGGUUAAAGUUCUCACACAUGGCUAUGAGACACGGUCAAAACAAAGCCUUUGGCCGCAAAUUGAGGCGACUUUCAAGCAGAUAGACACUGCAGCAACAGAGCUGGAGUGCUUUGAAGCUCUUAAAAAGCAAGAGAUGUUAGCUGCUUCACACAGGAUUAGUGGUAUCUGGGAGGAGGUUCAGAAACAAAAAGAGCUGGAGAGAACUCUGCAGCUACGUUAUGGGAACCUUUUUGCGGAUUUGGAAAAGAUGACGAAAAUCAUGGAUGAGCGCAAGGCACAGGCACUAAAGGAAGAAGAAAUUGCAGCGGAGAACCGUGCUCUUCAGUUGGCCGAGGCUGAGGCUAAUCGAACGGUAGGAGAAAAUGCUGAUAGUUCUGAAGCUGUGUCUGCGUUAGCAGUUGAUGGUGAAAAUUCUAUGCCUCCCAAUGAAUUAACGGGUGAACAACAAAACUCUUCCUUGGGACAUGAACAUGAAGCUUCUAAUGCCAUGGAUAUCGACGCAGAGAAAGAAAGUGUUGCAGCGAGCUCGGAUAUUGGUUUACCUGAUGACAAACUACCUUCUGCAGUGGCAGAGAAUGAUGCAUCAUCAUCUGAAAAGGCUUUCGAUGAUUCUGAUAAGAGUCAAACCAUCAACGUUCCUUCACAAGAACUUGUGGUCCCUCCUGCUAAUGGCACUCCAGACGUGGCCGUUACAGUGGAAAAUAAGAUCAGCAAUGAUUUGGUUGAUGGAACUGCUCCUACCGAAAAUGCUGAAUGUAGUACCGAUAUUGUCAAGGAAGGUAAAGAUGUUGAAACUCAGCAACCUGUGAUCGAAGCUGGAAACUCGGAUGUGAAUUCGACUAAUCUGGAUUCUUCUAAUAAUGAUGUCGUAGAACUCCCUCGUGGCGACGAGGAAGCAACGGAAUCAAAUGUGUAGGAUGAUGUAGAUGAUUCAGAUUGUUUUGCGGCUUGUUUUUUUUCCAGUAGGAUAAGAGAGGGAGAGAGAAAGAAAGAGAUACUAAUUCCAUGAAGAGAGAAGAAGAGAAGGGCUGCGAUGAUAUGCUUAAACAACCCCCCUUGUGAUGAUGAUGCACAAGAUUUGUAUUGCUUUCUUUUUGUAGGAUUUUCAUAUAAGAAAUAUUUCAUUAAAGCUUUCAUUAUGCAUGAGUAUUGAUGACAUUUCACUUUGUUCAUUUCUAUUAUACUCUGUCCCACAUGUUAU